UAUUUUGAGCGUAUCUUAAUGUUUAUAAUUAUUGUUAUUCAAAGACGUUUUAAUCUAAACGUUUAAUUAUACUUUUAAGAUAUUUUGAGAAAAAUAUUAAUCCAACGCACAAUAUAAUGGGGAAUGCCGUGAAAUUUUUCUGUCUUUUAUGGUUAUUUGUUUUAAUGGUGGAUACAAAAAGGAGAGACAAAUUUGAUAUCAUCGAAAAAAGAAUUGGUGUAAUUGAAACACGAUUAAAUUCAGACAACGACUUUGCAAAGGAAAUGAUUUGGUCAUUACAACAAAAUUUCGAGGAAUUUAAUAAUUCUCUGAUCAAUCUAAAGGAUCAAAUGUGUCACAAAACAGAUCAACAGUCGGUUAAAAAGGAACAAACUAACUCUGAAAAAAGUGAAAUAAAGUCAAGCCGAGUACUAGUGUCGUUAGGACUUGAGCGAGAGAAACAAUGGACAAGAGAUCAAGCGAAAAAACUAACGAGUCAAGUGAACGAACAAACUAAUCAGCUAACCAAUAACUUCUCCGAGCUCAGAGCUGAAUUAAUAGCUUCGAAAGAAGAAAUGGAAUCCAAACUAAAUGUUAGCAAAAUAGAGAUCUUACUGAGUGAUCAAAUGAAGAAAAUUGAAACUUUAAUGGAAACCCAAACAAAAAUUGUAAAUACUUUAAUUUCUGCAAACAUGGCGUCCUACACAUGUCCAUCUGACUGGCAAAAAUAUUUAUCGUAUUGUUAUUUGUAUGUCAAGGAGUAUAAAACGUUCAGUGAAGCACGUGCCCAUUGUAAGCGUCUAGGAGCAACCUUGUGUGACAUUGAAAAUGAAGCAGAGAAUACUAUUAUAGCAAGUAUAAGGGUUCGGGUGUGGGUUGGUAUUUAUUAUGAGGAGAAAGAGGGUCAUUGGAUUUCAGAAAGAACAGGCCAACCUGCGUCAUACACGUACGUACAUAUGAUAAUCUUAACAUUUCUUCAAAUAAUUAAGUAUAUAUCUAUAAUAUUCGGUUAUAAUUUUGGUAGUAAAAUAACUUCCAAAGAAACUAGUAGCGUUACAUUUGCUUAUCUAAGACAACGACAAGAUGAGGCAUUUAAUAACCUUCCGUUUUGGUCACGUGAAAACCUCAGAAAAUGAAAAUACUCCAUAC